AUGCCUACACAACACUUCCCUAAUCAAAUAGCUAUUCCUGCCUUUAAACAAUUAGUGCUAUAUACCGGCAAUGUAAUGCUUACUACAACCACUGCUAAUAAAUAUUGGAACUGUAAAUCAAAUACUGAGUUGGUACAAGCUAUUUACGAUACAUUAAAAGUAUCUUUACAUGGCUUAGAGGCUCCAUCUUAUCGUUAUUUUAAAGAAACUGAAUUAUUAGAAGUGCCUGAUAUUAGAUUAAGUAGUCGUAUUCAUCCUGAUGAUCGUAAUGAUGUUGAAGUAACAGCUAAACUAUUUUACUUGGGACAAGAUAAUCAAACGGCCUAUAUUGACCGAGCUAUUUAUCAUAUUCAAAAGCUUUUGGACGUCGAAUCAAUCGAUACCUUUAUUAUUUCCUUUGAUAAAAAUGACAUUAAUUCAGAAAUUGUAAAAAAGACAUGGAAAGAUUUGGAAAAUUAUCAUGAGAAAGGGAUUAUUUCAAGGCUAGGUGUAUCUGAUUUUGAUUUUCAAACUUUAUCUGAUUUUAUUCAAAAAGAAGAUAUUCGGGUCAAACCAUCUAUUGAUCAAGUUCAUGUAAACCAAUGCUCUUCUUUACCUCAAAAUUUAAUUCAUUUUGCAAAACAACAUCAUAUUGAUAUCACUUUUAAUGGCGAUACUACAGAAAUCUUAACGUCAGAAGUCUUAUCCACAGUAUUAAACCAAUAUGGUGUGAUCAAUGAAAAUACUCAAGUUAAACCACGUUGGGUAUUAAAAUAUAACGUCUUUUUCAAAAGUAGAAGUGUAGUUGCUGACAAAGGAUACAUUAUUGUCGGUGAUACCCUUUAA